CGGGUAUUUAUUAAAUUGGUUGCGGUGUGGUUUACAAAAUGGGCUAAAUACGGCGGAUGGAUAAAACGAAUGAUUAUAUUAUUGUACGGGAAUAUUUUGGAAGUGUUCUGUGCUAGAUACUGAGGGGAUUGCGCUCGUGGUUAUACGAGUAAAAGAUGAAAAUAGAUGUCUCUGUUUCCGGUUCCUGCCAUUGUACAUCCGGGUAUUUAUUAAAUUGGUUGCGGUUUGGUUUACAAAAUUGGCUAAAUAUGGCGGAUGAAUAAAACGAAUGGCUAUAUUAUUGUACGGGAAUAUCUUGGAAAUGUUCUGUGCUAGAUAGGAUGACGGGGUGGCAUACGCUGAGAGAAUGGAGUGUUGGUGAGGAGCCAGACCUGCUGGAGGGCUCGACAGACGACGCGAUGAUCGAGAUGUCGAAUGCUGCUGUCGUUGAUGACGAUGUCUGCAUAGACCUGCUGGAAGGCUCGACAGACGACGCGAUGAUCGAGAUGUCGAAUGCUGCUGUCGUUGAUGACGAUGUCAACAUAGACCUGCUGGAGGGCUCGACAGACGACGCGAUGAUCGAGAUGUCGAAUGCUGCUGUCGUUGAUGACGAUGUCUGCAUAGACCUGCUGGAAGGCUCGACAGACGACGCGAUGAUCGAGAUGUCGAAUGCUGCUGUCGUUGAUGACGAUGUCAACAUAGACCUGCUGGAAGGGUCGACAGACGAUGCGAUUGACGCGAUAUCGAAUGCUGCUGUCGAUAUCGGAAGCAGUAUUUCGAGAUGGAGUCGCCGCUGUUUUUCGUCCAGACGUACGGACAGUAGAAAGUCUUACACGGACCGCUGCACAGAAUUGGCAAAGAUCCGGUCUUGACGUCUUCGCAUUUGACCAAGCGCUUAGUCAAUGAUUCAGACCCUGAAACCAACUGAACACUAACAGCAAGAAGUGAGAAAACUAAUAGAAUUUUCAUGAUACAAAUAAAGUGGCGUUCUUCUAUUGCUUAAAAUUUGAAACAGAUUUAUUUUAUAUCAAAACAACAUGCGCAUUUAUUAACCGACAGGGAUCCACGCAAAUUGUCACAUUGGCACAAAAAUAUAUAUUUUUACUUGCGUUCGAUUUAAUACUCCCAUGCAGAGAUAUUAUUUUGAUCUAUUAUAACAUAAUUUGAUUAGAAUUUUGUUUAUUUUCUUAUAUUAAUAAAAAUACUCGUUGAUUUUUCCA